ACUUUUAAAAGCUUGACUCCUUCCCUACCUUCUUACUCUCUGGGAAAACCCUAGACUUCGAAACGCAGAGCACAAACCCGAAAAUCUUUUCUCUGCAAAGAUGGGUAUUUCUCGCGAUUCAAUGCACAAGAGACGUGCCACAGGAGGGAAAAAGAAGGCUUGGAGGAAGAAGCGAAAGUACGAGCUCGGGCGCCAACCGGCGAACACCAAGCUAUCGAGCAACAAGACAGUUCGGAGGGUUAGGGUUCGAGGAGGUAACGUGAAGUGGCGUGCCCUGAGACUCGACACUGGCAAUUACUCAUGGGGAUCUGAGGCAGUUACCAGGAAGACUCGUAUCCUGGAUGUCGUCUACAACGCGUCGAACAACGAGUUGGUGCGUACUCAGACCUUGGUGAAGAGCGCAAUUGUUCAGGUCGAUGCGGCUCCCUUCAAGCAGUGGUACCUCCAGCACUAUGGUGUUGACAUCGGGCGUAAGAAGAAGAGCUCCGCGUCCGCUAAGAAAGAAGGAGAGGACGGUGAGGCUACUACUGAGGAGGCAAAGAAAAGCAACCAUGUUCUGAGGAAACUUGAGAAGCGUCAACAAGGUCACAAACUUGAUCCUCACAUUGAAGAGCAGUUCGGCAGUGGACGUUUAUUAGCUGCAAUUUCAUCUCGGCCUGGUCAAUGCGGUCGAGCUGAUGGAUAUAUCUUAGAGGGCAAGGAGCUGGAGUUUUAUAUGAAGAAGAUCCAGAGGAAGAAGGGGAAGGGUGCAGGUGCUGCCUGAGAUUUUCAUUACACAACAUUUUUGUUAGCCAUGGUUGAGUUUAUAACACCCCGUCUCAUGGUUUUCAUUUGAUAGUUUGACUCUUUAAUCAAUUUAAAUGCAUUCUAGUAGAUCCGAACAGUUUUCACUUGGUUAAAAGACAAGACUAGUUACUCAUUUUCAAUAUUUAUAGUUUCUCUAAAUUCACAACCCAUAUAUGCUUGAAUUAAAUUUUGUUUUGGUAGACGCUGAA